AUGACGAGUAAUCCUCAGGGUGCCCAACAGCACGAUGAUCAACAAGAUACAAAGCAGAAGCAUGAUACUCAUACUAAGCAUCAUCAUAAGCAUCAUCAUAAGCAUCACCACAAGCAUCACCACAAGCAUCAUGGUGCAACAAAAGAGGACCAUGAGAAAAAGCGCAAACAUCACAAGCAUCAUCACCACAACCGUCACAAAUACGAUCAACCAAACGACGAUGAUUUGGACAUUCUCAUCAAGGAAGCUAGAAAGGAGCUUCGGGAAAUCAAGAUUGAUGGCGUGAUGACCAGAGAUGAACGGGAAGAAGAAAUAUAUGCCCUUCAGACGAGGCUCUAUGAACAGCGGAAGAAACUGUUGCAUCUGGCCCAUCGCUGUCAGGCUGUCUUUUCGUUUGGGGAGUAUAUUCAAAUCAUUCAAACCACCUACUCGUCCGACAAAAUUGCCACAGUACCAAUCAAGAAUAUCAUUCCAGAUGACGGAGAACCGCGAGGACAUGCUGUACCCAAAAACAGAGCAAUGGUUCCUCAACAUUUCAAGUUGACCCAUACGAUAUUUGCAUGGUUCGAAGCCUAUUUAUUGAAACGAUUGCAUAUGGCCAUGCUGCAGCAAAGACAAAUGAAUAUUCAUUCCAGGACAUGGAGUGGGGUCGUUUCGGAUUUGUACUUUCAGAUUCCCAUGCUCAAGAAAAAAUUUACCAAGAAUUUGGAAAUUCUAAAAGUUAGCAAACAAAAUGUGGCGGCGGAGAAGCAGCAAAAGCAAGAUGCCUAUAAGGAGCAUGUGCAACUGCAAGCGAAGAUUAUCACUAAAUUGAAAGAAUCAGGUGCUACGGGGACAUAA